AGGAAAGUGGAGGAGAGUAAAUGAGCGGCAGAAACGAUUCGAAACAAAACGAAAUAAGAAAGCGGGGAAGCAGGCGAGGUAGCCAUCUUAAAGACGAGGCCAGCAUGACAGAAAACCUAAUGGUUGCUCUGAAGAUGCAUUGUACCCAUCUUUUUGUUUGUUCUGUUUCCUUCAUGCCAAUAAAUGUGUUUUUAAACGCUGGAGAGAAUUUAAUACCUUGUUUCUACGUCAUUUCUGCCAGUCGUGCAACCCAGGAAAAGGAAAAUCCCGUCAGUGUUAACGGGCGGAAACUUAAAGCGUGCUCAAUGUUGCCAAAGAGCAUUCAAGAAAGCAGCCAGCUUGCGCGCUCUACUGGCGACAGUGCGUCGGAAACUAGCAUGCAAAACGCUUGGCAAUGACAGACCGACAGACAGAAAGCAAUCUAAUGUGCGAAAUGAGAGAACAAAGCGGCAGAGGCAUAGAAAGGGGGAAUAAGGUAGGGAAACGAACCAUGUGAAGGCUUUUAUUUUGUGCACGCGGCAACUUGACUCAACCAAACCAUUCCAGAACAAACUGCCACAAGCCCUAGUGCGACACUGCUAGCUAGCAGUGCUGACAAUAGGCGUGUUCUUUCUUUCGUAGUUUCCGAGUCGGAAACAUGUAAUAGUCGGGAGGCGCUCCAACGCACGUGCAUGCUCCGGGCGCUGACGUUGUCAACGGACCGUCGCAGCUAGCGUUAACCCCGAAAGCUUUCAGCAUCGAGGGAAAGGCCCCACUCCGUCUCUUUCAAUACAAAAAGAAAAGAAAAUACAUUGAAAAAGAGAAAUAAAUAAAUAAAAAUGAAAAACAAAAGAACUCCCGGCAUGAUCGGUCUUUCCCGGUUCUGGGCCAUGAAACAAAUAGAUGCUGUAAAAGCUUAUUACACUACGCGUUUCUGACCGAAGAACUCCGGUGCGCGCCGGCUCUCGAAGAGAGCAGCCCUGCCAAGAGUAACUGCGCAUGCGCUUCACGAUCCUCCGCGACGUGGCGCGAGUAGCGCGCUCGAAAUGAAUCGUCUGCUCCGGUCGCGUUGCUUCAGUCGUCUCCUAGCCAGCGUUGAGCGCGCAUGCGAUAGUUUCGGGAAAACCGACAGUUCUUUUGAUCGCGCGUGCUUUCUGAGACGAAAUUUGGAUUGAUUAUAGUGUCGAUACUAUCACAGGAAAUCACGAAGGUGGUACCUCGUCGACACCUGUCGCUAAUUCAUUCAGCUCUUCCUGACGUUCCUGUGUCCACCAACUGGGAUAAUUCGAUGGCCAGCGGAGUUAUAGUGAGCUACCCGUCUCCGGCGCUUCAUGAGUCGCGCCCCGCGGUCUUCAAGAAAGACCGACGCAUCCGGCAUUCAAAGUCGGACCCUGUGCUGGUAGCACUUUCGCACAACUCGUUCGCGCGGUGCCCAGACCGGGACAACUGCUGGGACAGCAUCGAGGAUCGAGCACAACAGCAGCUGCAGUCGGACGGCUCCGGCGCGAUUACACUGGAGGGUCUCAAGAGCGACUACAACUGCUGCUUCACGUGUGGGGUGAGCUGGUCGGAGGAUCAGGCUUGUUUGGACUGCAGCGAGUGUGGAGGAUACGCCCUGCAACGUCCCUGCCCGCACUGCAAUGGCAGCUGCAACGGAAUGUGGAGCAGAGACUUGGAUGCUACCCACAAGACGAGGCGCGCCCAGUGGCUGGGAGAGUGCAAGAAUGCUCCCCAUGGUAACGCACCGAAGAUCCAAGACUCUUGAGUGCUGUCCUUUCUAGGAUGGCUCUUGGUGGGCGGGCAGCACUUCCAUCAACUGUACAUACAGCAAGUGACCCGUGGCAACCACGAUGUCGUUAUUCGUCCCGCCUGCUGCAGGCCGAUCCUGGGGUUCGACGAAUCGCAAAGACGAGAUCAUUACAGCGUACGCGCCGCUACGAGUGUUGCCUGCUGCACGGUGCUUUCUGCAUGAGCAUUUGGUGGCCACGGACUCUGCUGGACUUGUUGCGGUGUGGCGUCCUCUGAACUUGCGUGCGUCGUACAACAACGGCAUUGUGCGUAUCGGAGAUGCCAGCGGCACGAUGCCGUCGUCGAUGGACGACCAGUGAGUGGGAUACGUGUGGCAUCCAGAACAUUCCAGUUUGCACAAGGUCGGCUGCUUCCGCGCGAGCGAGUUGGGAGAAUAUGAGACAUUGGGAUCUCGAGGGAUAGUCUGUACAUAUUUGUUGCUUGUUUUCCGCUCUGACCGUAUUUGUCCGUGCGCAUGUUGUCUGGCCUUACAACCCCCCAUUUGAAGCUUCCGCUACAAUGAGGCCGCGGUCAUCACGUUAUCAAGUGUAAAAAGCAUGCCUAAAACUGUGAAAUGCCUAUUCUUGUAAAGAACGACGUGUGCGGAAAAUGUCACUGUUGUUGAUUUUGCAAUGUUCCUAGUUGUUAUUCCUAGCCGUUUACUUACGAGAGAUCAUGAGUGAGAAGAUUUGUGACCAGCGUAGCUUUGCGCUUUUCCUGCAACGCUAAAGUGGUGUAUUUUAACUUUCAAACUAUUGCCUCAUAAUCAACAGGAGACGAGCACAGCAGGACAAAUUUACAUACUGGUGGCAACUGCAUGAGACCAGAGGCAGCAUGUGUCAAGACUUUCUUUCUAGCACAAGACGAUCGAGUUAAGCAGCAGCUAUUUCAUAGAAUUGUGCCAUUGUUUUUAUCGCGGUCUGAUAUCAGCGACAUGCGAGCGCUUAGUCAAUUCCACUGGAACCACGAGUCGUGGUGUAAAUACAUUUAGCAUCUCUUUCCGGUCAACGUGCUAUAAAAUUACGCGACCACUGAGCGCCAAACUCCGGCUCAUUGCUGCGCUGUAGCAAGGCACACACGUGACGUAGUUGGUGAUUUAUCAUGGCAUGGCUUGACUUAGCGACUUACAGAUUGUCACGAUGAAGGUAUAACAACCUUUCUGUUAAGUUAUUCGCUGUCACACCAAAGCCUUUGCUGCCAUUCGUGCAUAGUUUCCGACUAGCUUCUUCUAUAAAGGAAGGACGCUCAAAAUUAUGUCUUUUAUUGUUUGCCAAAAAUGUUUUUAUUCUGCAGCAGUGCAUGCAUAGAAUCUCUCACUGUGAACCAAAUGCGUCACCGCCUUUAGACUGCUAUUGUCCUACCUUCAAAUUGGAAUUUCAGGAGACAGGCGAACAGUUUAAUAUUAACGUUCUUUUUAAAGAACCUGUGCUUUGGAAGAGUGCCUCAGGUAGUCAUACAUGUGAGACGAGAGUGCCUUGGAUAUGCGAGGAAGCAAUUCACAAAACGUGUAUUUUUGUAAGUGGAUAUGACAAACGUUAUCAACGCCAAGGCACGGUCUGUGGAAUAUGGUCACGAAAGGAGAGAACUUAAAUAUGCCCACAGUCGCUUGACCGGGGAGGCUGAAGCAGGCCGAUGGAGUCCACCUGAAUGGACGAUUCCGCUUGCUUGUCGGGCGUUCCAUGCAUGUGUUCUACGCUGUGGCAGGUAGCAUCCGUGAUAUCUUUCUGUUUUCAAUUAAUUAUUCGACGUGUCAUACACAUAUUUACGGUAAUCACUCAAAAUUGCGCUAUAGUAUUUAGGGACUAAGCUUUAGUAAGGCAUAUUAGACAGUGAACACGAUUAAAGACAACUCGCAGCACAGAUUAUUAGGAAUGUACUCAAAAAGUGCAGCUAAUUGAGAAUUAAAUGAGCAUUCGACUUUUCAGAUUAGAAAAAGUUAUCGCCCGCAAGUCGCGUAUACUGUGCAGGCCGUGCUUUCAGUCUUCUACAAGCCCGCAGCAAAACGUUUGUGCCACAGAUAUCAAACUUGUCCUCCGGUGCACAGAUAUGUCCAUCGUGCGUGUCUUAUUUAUUGAAAUAUGUCUCGCGGAUCGUGCAUUUCUUUCAGAGUGAUUAUGAUUUGCAAUAAAAGUUAUCACACAGAUACCUGA